AUGGUCGAGGACGGACAAGUCCAGGAGCUUCAGAGUAUUCUUGGCUGUACAUAUGAACAGGCAUACAGUGCACUCCAUGACGCGCAGGGUAAUAUGGAAUGGGCCAUGAACCGCAUUCUCGAUGGACCAGCGUCGCCGGCGCCCCCACCAUCGUUGCCUAUCCCGGAGCGGAGUUUGACGGCGCCUCCCAGUUAUACAGAAUACCCAUCAACGCAGUCCCAGGACGAACAAGAUGCUGAUCUUCAGCGUGCUGUUGCGGCAUCUAUGGUCCAGCAUCCUACUGCACCUUCAGCGUCAAAUGAGGACGAAGAGCUCAUGCGCGCCUUGGCAGAGAGUGUCCAGGGCGCACCGCAUGCACGGCCCGACUUGAUGCGUCGACGCCAAAAGCUCGAGCCCGUGGUAUUUGUUCCCAGCAUACCCACUUACAAGGCUGUGGCAUGGUCUCUUCAGGCGCUCUACGCCGCUACACCAUUGUGCCAAGCCUUGUAUACGUAUCCCAAAUCCGAUACACGUACUACCAACCUUGCCCAGUACUGGAACGGCGUGAGUCCAUCCGGGCCGUGCACGGCUGAAUCCCAACAUACCCAGUUGAUCCAGCGCAUACAAACACUCUUUUACUUUGCAACUCACACAGUGCGCGCCGUCGUCGUCACGGGCGAUAUCGAUGCGAUUCUUCCUCGGGACAUCAUGCUUCAAGCAUCGUGGCAGCAAGAUAUGCAUGCGCUCAUAAAAGCAUUCGUCGAUCUUCUAGCGCAUGCAUGGAAAACAAAUACAUGCUUAGAGCAGCACCAUCUCUUUCAGAUGUUCAUCGUCCCCACGGGCGCAAGCGCGCCUACGGAUGAGCUUUCCAUGUCGACCCUGGUGCUGGAUCAUACAGCGACCGAGUCUAGCGUAUAUUCGUGCUUAUUAUACCAACUGACGGAUCAUGAACAAGCCUAUUUUAUUAGCCGAGCACCUCUUGUGCUAUGUCUGCCUGUGCAGCACUCGACGACAGGGCCUUUCCGCAUCGAUCUAACUGUGUACUUGGACUCAUUCUUGUGGAACAAGCGCACUGAGGAUGAUGUUGCUUCACAAUGCGCUUCCCUAGCAUCUCAGUACAAGGCUGCUGAAGCAGAAAAACGGCAUUGGACGGCACGUCUCGCAUCAUUCACCGAGCACGAUGCUCUAUCUUCAACCCAACAAUCGGAAGCGUAUCUGGAACAUGUUGCACAUUCGCCUUUAUCGGACUGGAUGACACGUAUAAGGAAGGCUUUGGAGCAGCGAGUAUCAGUGGCUAGGUCGCAUAUCUCUGCACUAGACGAACAACUCACAUCUCUUCGCACGACAAUGACCCAACUGCAAGAAAAGCGGUGGAACGAUCCGGCAUUGCAGACAAUGCCCUACGAUCUCUGUGCGGCUGUAUUUCAAACCAAUGAGUCAGAGUGGGCAUACAUUCAGCAUAACGGCCAGUGGUGGCGCCUAGAAGAUACACACGCUCAGGCUAUUGAUCCGCACACGAUGACCACGGAUCCCGGUGUGGUCUUCUUGGCAUAUACGCAACGGGCCUACAAAGCGCAAGAACCUACGUCAGAGAUACUCACAGCCUUGCGAGACGCUGUGGCCAAAGAUAACGAAGAGGCAGAGAGGACACUCUCGUAA